GUAACAAAAAAGCAGAAAACGCUCCCAGCCACGAAAAUCGAGACACUUUCUUCAACCAUGCCUUCCGACGCCGGUGGUGCUUCUGCUCGCCGGCGUCGGGAUCUGUCACCUCUUAUCAACCUUCUUUUGCUCUGUUUAAGCUUUCUCUUCCUUAUUUCCUUUUUCGUUUACUCAAAUCUCUCGAAAUAUCCAUAUGCCCCUUUUCAUGUGGUCUUCUUCCCUGAGGGUUCUCUUUGCGACGGAAGAGUAUAUCAAUGCUCUAUUGGCUCCGAUCUGAAGCAGAUCUCGGAUGCAUCUCUGUCUUCGAACCCAAAACCAGAAGCUUCACAACAGUCCAGCGGCUCCUCCCCUCAAACAUCAGAGCAAGGCUUCAUCGACAUAACAAUAGUCUCUAGAUCUGGACUAGCACCGACGCCACUUAUGGCUCCUUUUCACCGGAUUUCGUUGAUGGCAGGAGUAUCUCUUGGACCAUCAGAUGUGUCUUUUCCGGUGGGAACGUCGACGGCACACGACGAGCUCAAACGCUGGCAGGUGAUCUCUCUUUAUGCUUCACCGCCGACCAUCACUCUUAUUUUUCACAACGGCGGCGACUGCGUUUUCCUUCUCCUGACAACAUCAACCCUAGGGUUUGUUUGGAUGGGCCUCAUCUUCUGCUGUGGCCCAAUAACUCCCUUGUGGCCCAUAUCCAGGUCUGAUCUCUCUAUAACUUUGCAAAGCCUUUCUUUGAAAUCUUGUUUCUCGCAAAAGGAUGGUCGAGGACUCCAUUCAAUUCUAGGAACAAUGCCUUUAGAGGAGAUUUGCUUAUUCAAUUAUCGAAACCUGAUGGAUAGUGCUGUUUAUUUAUCACCGGAUGCAACUCUAAUUUUCAAGCUCAGUGGAUCAGUAUUUUUCUCAAACCUUAGAUGUUGUGAUGCGACUCAAGCAUCGGCUCUUAUAUGUGAAUAUAUAUUGAGUAUGGAUAAUCCCACUAGCAAGCCUAGCCAUGGCGUCCCCAGACUAAUGGGUAAAGCAUCCCAACCCUCUCGAACCUUUUGGAUAAAACCGCCUCGAAAACUCUAUCCGAGUUCCGCUGCAUUUUCUGCGUUUUGGACUUGUGAUAUUCUUUGGCGAAUCCAGCAAACUUACUCCUCUAAGGAGAUACCAUCGCCGGAACCUUACUUUGGCAUUGGGAAAAAGUCUCCACCCGCAGCCUCCUCCAUGGAGCACUUCUACAAAAGCUCUUAUGCGUCAAUCGUGCGAGCUUAUUAUGAUCACAAGCUGAUCCGGGAUUUCGCGAAGCUAGUCUUCAAAUUUGAAUCCCUACAGGUUCCAAAAGAUCUUCCAGUCUUUGCCAUCUUCUUGAAGCUAUGCAUCUUGGAAAACUCAUGGAACCUUUAUCCUUAUCUUUCAUGUAAUGCUUUAAGUUUCAGUUGUAUGAACUCACCUCUUAUGAGGAUUUAGAUGAAUGAAAGUUAUCUUUGCAC